AUGGAAGGAAUAUUCUUCAACAUUGAUUAUGGUUACGUUGAGGCAGUUGUGAGGGGGUAUAGAAGCGGUCUUCUUACUGCCAAUCAAUAUGUCAAUUUGACUCAAUGUGACAAUUUAGAAGAUCUUAAACUACAACUUUCAUCAACCGACUAUGGUAAUUUCUUGGCCAAUUACUCUGGUCCUUUAACCACAUCAGUCAUCCAAGAGAAUUUGAAUAAAAAGAUUUACCAGCAAUAUCAGUAUAUCAGAAGUCAAUCAAGUGGGAAAUUGACGAGAUUUAUGGAAUAUAUACAAUAUGCAUACAUGAUUGACAAUGUUAUAUUGAUGAUCACUGGAACCUUGCAUGAAAGAGAUAAAUCAGACAUUUUGAAAAAAUGCAAUCCAUUGGGAUGGUUUGACACGUUGCCAACGUUGAGUAUUGCCACCGACAUUGAGAGUUUAUAUUCAACUGUUUUGAUAGAUACACCAUUGGCACCAUUCUUUAAAAACUGUGUUUCUGCUGACGAUUUGGAUGAUUUGAAUAUUGAAAUUAUUAGAAACAAAUUGUACAAGAAUUACUUGGAAGCUUUUAUGGCUUUUGUUCAAAGGGAAUUUGAUGGGCCAGAUAAGGAAAUAAUGACAAGAUUAUUGACAUUAGAGGCUGAUAAGAGGGUGAUAAAUAUUGCUUUGAAUUCAAUUAAUAACUCGCAGCUUUCAAUUGAUGAUAAAUUGAGCUUGUUCCCAAACUUGGGCCAGUUGUAUCCUACUUAUCACUUGGAGUUGGCUCAAACUGAUGAUUACGAACAAUUAAAGUUGAUUGUUGAAAAUAUUGGCGAUUUCAAGGAGCUCUUCAGUGAAAGUGCCGAUGGUAAUAGAAGUAUUGGUGACGCCUUUUACUUGUUGGAGUUACAAUACUGCAGAAAUGCAUUUACGCAACAGUUUACCUUGAGUGCUGUGUAUGCAUGGUUAAAGUCGAAAGAGCAGGAGGUGAGAAACAUCACUUGGAUUGCUGAAUGUAUUGCUCAGAACCAAAAGAGCAGAAUCGAAAACUAUAUUGCUGUUUAUUAA